GCCCCUGCCAGUGCCGGUAGGCAGCGCGCAAACAUGGGCUGCCCCGACGGCUGACGAAGCGUGACUGCGCGUCCGCAGACGCCAUCGAAGCGCCAAGUCCGUCGGAGCAUCGCUGCGCGUCAACGAACCGCGAUGCGGCUCCUCCUCCUCUGCCUACCCCUAGCAGCGCCGCAAGAGCCGAGCUCCUGGGAGUCGGUGGGAGAGAUCGACUGCCUGGCCGAAGGCGCGCGGUGCUUCGGGUGUCAUACGCUGAACUACUGCAAUGGCCACGGCAAGUGCGAACAAAAGGGCGGCCCGGGGAGCCCGUUCGCGAAUUGUAAGUGUGACCCCGGCUGGGGCGGCGACGCCUUCUGUACCGAACGAACAUGUCCGUUUGGAAAGGCCCAGAGUGACAUGCCCACUUCAGUAACAGAAGCCCAUUCGCUGAAGGAAUGUUCCAAUGCUGGUUUUUGCGACCGACUCACGGGCACGUGCCAGUGCUUCCCGGGGUUUGCCGGCACGGCUUGCCAAUCAAAAACGUGUCCGAACGACUGCUCGGGCAAAGGGCUGUGUCUCACGAUGCGCCAACUCGCGAAGAUGAAGGACGCUUUACCUCUCAACGACGGCUUCACGUCCGUCAACAACACGGAUGAUCUCACGAAUCUCCCGGAGCCCGGUGAUCCUACACAAAACAUAUCUAUUCGCUAUGAUGGUGCGAUGUCGCGGUCGGGCCUCGGAGGUCCCACGUACGACCAGAAUCUCAACCGGGCCUGCCUCUGCGACUCGUCCUGGCCCGUGGGCUUAGGUCCGGGCGAACGACAGCAGGCCGAGUUCCACGGGCCCGACUGUGGCCAGAAGCGGUGUCCCUCGGGCGACGACCCGAUGACGGAAAGGGACGAGACGAACUGCACGGGCGUCGUCGCGGCCGGCGGUCGGGGCGUCGGCCGACCGGGGAACAUCUGCCACGUCGACUGCUCGAACCGGGGCACGUGCAAGGACGGGCUCUGCAAGUGCUUCAAGGGCUUCUACGGGAUCAACUGCGGCAAGCGGACGACGCGGUACUAACCUCCUUGUUUAGUC